AAACGCACCAGCCACCGCCGCGACGACGAUAUAGAGGCCAGGCCAGGCCAUCCCAUCCAAGGCAGAGCAACACCUCGCCUCGCCCUCGCCCGCAGCCAUGGCCGCGCCCCCGCCGCCGCCGGGUUGCGCGAGGUUCCCGCCGGUGCACCGCUACGACGCCUCCGCGCGCCCGCGCCGCACCGCCGCCGCGGACCUCGACGGCACGCUGCUGGCCUCCUCCUCCGCCUUCCCCUACUACUUCCUCGUCGCGCUCGAGGCCGGCUCCUACCUGCGCGCCCUCGCGCUCCUGCUCGCCGCGCCGCUCCUGCUGCUCCUCUACACCGCAGUCUCCGAGGCCGCCGCCAUCGCGCUGCUCGUCCUCGUCACCUUCGCGGGGCUGCGCGUCCGCGACGUCGAGGCCGUCGCCCGCGGCGUCCUGCCCAGGCACUACGCCGCCGGGGUGCGCGCCGACACCUGGGCCGUCUUCCGCGGCUGCGACGCCCGCCGGGUCGUCGUCACCGCCUCGCCCGCCGUCAUGGUGGGGGAGUUCGUGCGCGAGUUCCUCGGCGCCGAGGUCGCGGGGACCGAGCUCGAGACCUGCGCCGGGGGAACCAGGUUCACGGGGCGGAUCAAGGCCGUCCUCGUCGGGGAGAGGAAGAGGGAGGUCGUCCAGAGGCUCUUCGCCGGCGGCGACAUGCCCGACGUCGGGCUCGGCGACCGCGAGAGCGACCACGACUUCAUGGCCAUCUGCAAGGAAGCCUACAUGGUGCCGCCGGACCGCCGCGCCCCGCGCGCCGGCGCCGACUCGCUGCUGUCCCGCGCCAUCUUCCACGAUGGGCGCCUGGUCCGGCGGCCGGACCCGGCGCAGGCGCUGUUCGCGCUGGCGUACCUCCCGCUGGGCUUCCUCCUGGCCCUGUUCCGCGUCUUCUUCAACCUCAUGAUCCCGGCGCGCCUCGUCCGCCACACGUACCGCCUGACGGGCAUCCGCCUCGCCGUCCGGGGGACCCCGCCGCCGCCACCGCGGCCGGGCGCGCCGGGGUCCCUCCUGGUGUGCAACCACCGCACGGCUCUGGACCCGAUCAUCAUCUCCGUGGCGCUGGGGCGGCCCGUGACGUGCGUCACCUACAGCGUGAGCCGGCUGUCGACGGCGGUCUCGCCGAUCCGCGCGGUGGCGCUGACGCGCGACCGCCGCGCCGACGCGGCGCGCAUGGCGGCGCUGCUGGCGGAGGGCGACGUGGUGGUGUGCCCCGAGGGGACGACGUGCCGGGAGCCGGCGCUGCUGCGGUUCUCGGCGCUGUUCGCCGAGCUCACGGACCGCGUGGUGCCGGUGGCGCUGGAGGCGAGGCAGGGCACCUACUACGGGUCGACGGCGCGCGGGUGGAAGUGGCUGGAUCCCUACUUCUUCUACAUGAACCCGCGGCCCGGGUACGAGGUCACCUUCCUGCCGCCGCUGCGGCCGGAGGAGACGUGCGGCGCCGGCGGGAGGAGCGCCGUCGACGUGGCCAACCACGUGCAGCGGCUCAUCGCCAAGGAGCUCGGCUUCGAGUGCACGGCGCUCACCAGGAAGGACAAGUACAUGAAGCUCGCCGGCAACGACGGCACGGUCAGGAAGACCAACAAGGCCGGCAGCAGGGAUGACGACGAUGCUGCUGCCAAGAAGGUUGCAUGAAGAUCGAAGAACAUUCUUAUUGGCCGCAUGCUUGCUGCAUUGACUGAUUGAUUGAUUGGGAACAGUGUGAUGAUCAGCGUGCAUAUGAACGGAAAGUACUCAAUGAUGAAAGACCCUGCAGUACAUUUUUGUUCACAUGGCAUUCUUUCAUCUCACCCGUCCAAUCCGAACUUUGCUAUCAAAUUUCACGCAUUUACAGUUUGACCAUUCCAGAUUUUCGGAUCGAGCUUGAAGUGAUUCAAGCAUCCAAACUUAAACUGCUUGUGCCUGCCGUGUGCACCUGGAGUCCUUCCCGAGGUGGUCUGUUGUAAAAAAUAAUUGGACUUGUUUUUAA